CACCCCUUUAUAUUCUCACAUUCCUCAAUUCCAACAUUUUCCUCUGCCGCCUCCUUUCCUCAAAUCCCACAACCAAAAAGCUUUCGAGGCUGUUACAUUGAUUUGGUGUGGUAGACAUUAUGAGAGAAGCUAGAAUGGAUAGUGAUGAUGACUACACGAAGGAUGGGACCGUGGACAUCUAUAAAAAACCUGCUAACAAGAAGAAAACCGGAACCUGGAAGGCUUGCCCCUUCAUCCUUGGGGAUGAAGCAUGUGAGCGAUUGGCGUACUAUGGUAUGGCUACAAAUUUGGUGAACUAUGUUCAUGAACAGCUCAAUCUAGGUGUUGCUGCUUCUUCAAAAGCUGUAAACAAUUGGACAGGAACCUGCUACAUCACACCAUUGAUUGGAGCAUUCUUGGCUGAUGCCUAUCUCGGGCGAUACUGGACAAUUGCUGGUUUCUCAUUCCUUUAUAUCAUUGGAAUGACACUCUUGACGUUAUCUGCUUCUGUAAGUGGACUAAAGCCAACCUGUAAUAAAGAUUCUUGCUACCCAACAUCAUCACAGAAAACAGCAUUCUAUGUUUCGAUCUACUUGAUUGCCUUAGGAACUGGUGGCAUCAAACCUUGUGUCUCUUCCUUUGGGGCAGAUCAAUUUGAUGACAAUGAUGAAAACGAAAAGAAAAAGAAGAGCUCUUUCUUUAACUGGUUUUAUGUCUCAAUCAAUGUCGGUGCUCUUAUCGCUUCAUCAGCUCUAGUGUAUAUACAAAGCCGUGUGGGCUGGGACUGGGGUUUAGGUGUUCCAGCUGUGGCUAUGGCCAUUGCACUAGUGUUCUUCUUUUCAGGUACCCGUCUAUAUAGGCUCCAACCACCAGCAGGGAGUCCCCUGACUCGCAUAUUUCAGGUGUUUGUUGCGUCCAUCAGAAAAUCCCAUGUCAAAACUCCUCAUGACGAGACUCUUCUUUAUGAGACUGCUGAUACGGAAUCCAUCAUCGUAGCAAGCCGCAAGCUUGAGCACUCGGAAGAGUUCAGGUUCUUUGACAAGGCUGCUGUGGAAACUGAAUCUGAUAAAGUCAAUGGAUUGGUGAAUCCGUGGAGGCUCUGCACAGUGACUCAAGUUGAGGAGGUCAAGUCGAUCAUCCGUCUACUCCCCAUAUGGGCUACUGGUAUUGUAUUUUCCUGUGUCUAUGGUCAGAUGAGCACCAUGUUUGUUAACCAAGGCAACAUAAUGGACAAUCGCAUGGGACCCCACUUUGAGAUUCCAUCAGCAUGUCUAUCCCUAUUUGACACGCUCAGCGUUAUUUUCUGGGCACCUAUAUAUGACCUUGUCAUCGUUCCCUUGGCACGAAAGUAUACAGGCAAUGAACGAGGAUUCACUCAGCUGCAGAGAAUGGGCAUCGGUCUUGUUAUUUCAGUAUUCGCCAUGGCUUCUGCUGCAGUUCUGGAGACCAUUCGGCUUGACAUGGUAAGGAAGAACAACUACUAUCACCUCAAGCACGUUCCUAUGAGCAUCUUCUGGCAAAUUCCUCAAUACUUCUUGAUUGGAUGCGCGGAGGUGUUCACAUUCAUAGGUCAGCUGGAGUUCUUCUAUGACCAGGCUCCUGAUGCCAUGAGAAGUUUGUGUUCAGCCCUCUGUCUUACGACUACUGCAUUAGGUAACUACCUAAGUUCUCUCCUUGUUACAAUCGUGAUGAACGUGACCACAAGGCACGGGAAGUUUGGAUGGAUUCCAGAUGACUUGAACAGAGGCCACCUUGACUACUUUUACUGGCUAUUGGCAUUCCUUAGCAUCAUCAACUUUUUCGUGUAUCUCUGGAUCUCGAAAUGGUACACUUACAAGAAGGUUACUGGGAAAUCCUAAACAUGAUGUUCAUCGUGUUUAUUCUUCUGAAGACGCAAACUUUCUGUAGAUAUGGAUUACAACUGCUGCUAGUUCCGACGAGAAUGGUUCUAUCCAUAAAUUUUAUUUUAUAAACAUCAUUUUAAGUUCCUAGGUGAACUCUUUCUUGACUUGUUCAUUAAUCUUAGUCUUCUUUGAGA